AUGUCUACUGCUAGGAAAAGCCGUGGUCGCCAAAAGAUUGAGAUGAAGAAGAUGAGCAAUGAGAGCAACCUCCAAGUCACAUUUUCCAAGCGCCGUGGUGGGUUGUUUAACAAAGCUAGUGAACUUUGCACACUCUGUGGUGCUGAAGUGGCAAUCAUCGUGUUUUCCCCAGGACAGAAGGUCUUCUCCUUUGGCCACCCAAGCGUUCAAACAAUCAUAGAUCGUUACCUCAUGCAUGCGUCCAUGCAUAGCUCUGGCACCAUGCAGUUCAUCGAGGCCCAGCGAAGUGCUAGUGUGUGUGAGCUGAACGAACAGCUCACACGAAUUAGCAAUCAGCUGGACGUCGAAAAAAAACGUAGCGAUGAAUUGAGCCGCCUUCAGAAAACUGUCAUGACACAGUUCUGGUGGGCUUUGUCCAUUGAAAAUAUGGACAAGACCCAACUUAACCAACUGAAGGCGGCUUUAGAAAAACUCAAGAAGAGUGUUAUGUACUAUGCUGAAAAGCUCCAUAUUCAAGGCAUUGUUGCUAACCCUCCUCAGCCACUCCUUGGUUUGCCAUCUUCAAGUGAUGUGGUGCAUCACCAACCUCCUUUCCCACCACCAACAACUCAUCAUGUGUCUCAACUAUUUGCUUCUCAUAUUCGUCAACCUCUGAUGCUUAACGGCGAGAACCGUUUGAUGCAUAAUCCCAUGUUUGCUGAUUGGAGCAUGUUGCACCAACAUGGUUUUAACAUCAACACUGGUAUGGGAGGAUUUGGAAAUAUGGGUGGAUUGUUUUGA